AUGGCCGAAAAUCCAGUAUUGCACAUUGGUAUGGCAGAGCAGACUAGUCACGAUGUGGUAAACCAAACCCGGUCGGGCGGCGAGCCUUCGUCUUCCGACGUUCCUGCGAGCAAAAACGACAAGUACUCUGCUGAAGAGGGCGAGGGGAGGAUUACCAAAAUCGAAUUCAACUUUCAAGGCAAACCAGACAAUACGGAACAAACCCAGCGUGACAUAAAAACCAUGGAUACAAGCGAGGCCGAGAAUUCUUCUGGUGAAGGAAGCAAGGAUACUGGUAGAAAUGGGUCAGCGACUGUGGCGACGCGAGCUUUGGAGUUAAACGGGGUAGCGUCCUUGUCGGAUGGUGGUGAAGAUGGUGGUUCCCUUGGUGGAUCGGACACAGAUACUAGUCGCAAUGAUGGCCGGCAACAUCUUCGGACCGGUUCGAUCAAGAAGCCGAUUGCUUUCAAGCCCGUGUCGUUUGCGAAAUUCGCUGUGCCCAAGGCGCCCGGAACCUCGACAACUCCGAAGCUUGGCGAGAAGCCGACACUAUCGGUAACCCCGUCAAGCGCUUCACCACAACCUUCUACACGACCGCGUUUGGUUGCGAAGUCAACGAGUGGAUUGGGAUCGUCCUCGAAACAUGCAGCCGCAGGCUCAAAAGGUCCCUCAGGCGGUCCGGAUGCGAGUCAGGUUUGGAACAAAAACAGGCCCACUCAACCACCGCCUACGAAGCAUCUCACGGACGAAGAACUGAAGCAGCAGUAUGGCAUUCAUAUGACAUCUCGAAUUCAAGAAGAUGGAAAUGGAACGGAAUCCAAGUGGGCAGAUAUUGACGACGACGAGGAUGACUGGGCACCUGAAACUAUCGAAUGGAACGAUGGAACGAAGAUUAAACUUACACAUAACGAAAAUGCUCAGCCUCCACCAGAGGAACUUCGCGAUCGCAACGAGGCAAAAGAGGCUGCAAUACCGACACAACCUCCGGCUCGGGACAAUACGAAGAUUUUACUCUCCAAAUCGUCCACCUCGGUUGGACCGAACGCAACGGUUCUUCGUCUGGGAGCGAAUGUGGAAAGACAACAACAACAGGCCAAGGCCGCUAUUGCCUCACGGUCAGGAUCCGACAAGCCUAUCUUGACCACAAAAUCCCCUGCGCCGGUACCAAUGAAGUCCCCUUGGGCUGCUCUACCCCCCGUUGAAAGGAUCUCUCCAGUGAAUCCCCCAGUCCAACCCGUGCAAAGCCACCACAUCACUCGUUUCCAAGCUAGGGAACAAACAGCUCCUGACAAAAAUCCGUCCACAGUGCCUGCACGUGAGAUAGCGGCCGACGACUUCAAUCGCUCUUGGAGAGAGGGGCAAUCAAAUGUUCCCCGAGAACUUUUUAACUCCCAGUCUGGUCGAUACGAGCCAGUGCCAGAUACGCGUAAAGGCAACAUCCGUGAUGGUCAUAUGCGCCCCGCAACGGUAUUACAGAGGCCUGGUCACAACGAGGCUGGUGGUCCAGCAGAGCCAUCCGCUGCAUUCCAGACAUACAGGUCGAGCCACCAAGAGCCUGGUCAUUGGGGUCGUCGACGUACUUCGUCGAAUGUCAGCGGUGGUAGUGGGAGUUAUGGACGCCGUAUGUCAAUUGGGCGGCCAGACAAUCAAGGCAAAUUUAACGAAGGAAGACGCGGUUCUCAAGUCAACGGUGUGUUCGAGCACUCGAUUUCACCGAGCGAAACAGUCAAUUCGAAAGAUUUCAUGCCAUCUGAACCACCCGCAAACCUACCACCUCCCAACCAGUCAUGGCAACCCAAAACGAAUAGUAACAUAGCUUAUGCACCUCCCAAUGGCCAGCCUGCGACUUCAGAAGAAAUCAAGCAGGAUACUGACCAGGUCUCUGCCGAAGACGUUAUCCUUAUGCAACAACGUAUUAUGAAAGAAAAGCGCCUGGAAGCUCGUCAGCGAAGACUAGAGCAGGAACAAAAAGAAGAAGCUGAACGCCGAGAGCGUAUUCGCCUGAAGCUUGAAGCCUUAGGACCCGCCCCAGAUAAAGAAAAGGAGACUGCGAAAGCCGAAGAGCAGCCCGAAAUAACGGCAGCAGCAAGCAAGCCAUCUCCCAAGGAUCAACCUGCAACGGUCGGAGCACAACACAUCAUACAAUCUCCACCGAAGCCUCCAGUUCCCGAACCCAGUGGAGAGCCAAAACAAUAUGGAAUGAUGAGGGUUCAUCACCCUGAGUCCGUAAAGAAAAUAGUUGCCGCCAAUGAACGAGCCACGGAGAAGCCGCUAGCAGUCAGUCGACGCAGCAUUUCCCCGACACGCGACGUCAAGCAUGAUACAGUCAAGACCAACGGAGUUUUGCAGGACGAAGCAUCAUUGCCAAAAGAUCAAAAUGUCGAUCUACCCGGAUUGGAUGACAAAGAUUCGCAAUGGAGAGCCAGUCAGAAUUCUUCGUACUCUCCAUGGGGAACCGGACCCAAGCUGAGUACUCAUUCUUCCCCAAGUUCGAAUAUGUGGAAGCCUCUCAGCAGCGAUAAAACCCUCGGCAACGGUACUUUUGACCGUAAUUUGACCGCUUUCUCACACGAUCUCUCUCUCCGUGGACCUGUUGGGUUGACUGAACCUUCGCCUAUUGGCUCGUUGCCGAAUAUUGAUAAGACCACUGGUCCGCAACCAUUUGUUGGUGCGAGACUUGGAGCAGAACAGAAGCAGUCGUUGACUUCCGUCCCUCCGUCCGACAGUGCUCAUGCGCCAUAUGAGCCUUUCCAGUCUAUCGUGAGACCACGACCCAUUGGCCCUCCCAACUCCCAGCAUAGCCCCUGGCAAGCUGAUACUCGUCGGAAUGUUCAGACAGCGACAUCAGCUUGGGGUAACUUUCAUUCAGUCGCCGCGAAGCAAGAUGCCGAAGCAAAUGCUAAAUUUCAACGAGAAAUUGAAGCUAUGCGCGAUGAGCCUCCUGCCUCUCUCAACGUCACUUUCUCUGAGACUUGGCGUCAGGUGCGGUCUGGAGAUCAAGUAAAUCAACGAGAAGUGAUUGACGUGGUGAAAUCGAAUAAUGCCACGGCACCGCUACCGCCUCUACAUGGAUUUGACGCAUCUAUCGACAGUCUACCGUUCCCAGAAGCUCAAUCUAGGCCAUUUGGCAAUGUUCCCAAUCGCGGCUCUCGCUUUUUCCCUACUACUACGGAUACGUAUCGAGGUUCCAUGGCUGUAGAUGAUGGACGUCCUCGAAGUCCGUCACCACCACCCCCGGAGGCAUAUUCGACCCACCCUGCAUACAGCGGUGAUGCUCAUCGACCUCUGGUCAAUUUACCGAUCCCCAAACCAAUAGUUCGCUUACCACCCAAGAUUAGUCAGCCACCUUCGAAACCACCAACAUUCGCUUCAAUGGCGGCGACACCGUUGCGACCACUACAGCCCUCUAUGAGCGCAACUUCUUGGCAAGAUCGUAUAAAUGGGCUCUUUGGCAAGACGACUCCAGAGAAGAAGCAUAUUCUGGCUGUUGCGUCUGCAACCAAGGAACCGUUGGAUGUCCAGUCGCAUUUGCACCCAGCAGCCGUCUCAUUUCCUCCAAUUAGAGGAGUUGAUGUCCGAGAUGCCGAGUCGGUAACUUCUAAGGAAGUUGAGGAAGAAGAAGCGAUUUUUGAAGACAGGGAAGCAGGCUCUCUGCCUGUUGUUCGUGUACCUCUCAUGGCACCGCCUAAUGCGUGGCAUGCAGCGCUUCCUCCGCCAGCUCGUCUUCGGCCCAAAGUUCUCAGACCCAUGCAGGUCCACAGCGUUGAGCCAUAUACUCCGGAACUUCCUAAGAAGGAUGUGUCUGGUAACUGGAACAUCGUCGUCCAUAUUCCUGGAUGCGACAACGUGGCUUCAGUGGCCUUGUCGAAAAAGCUUUCUUUGGCUACUUCACGACUGAAAGGAAAUACCACGUUCCGUGCUCGCAAAAACACCAAACCCAGAGAGCCGGGAAUAAAAUACAGUGGCUCAAGUAACAAUAAACGACAGGGCUCGUCUUCUCACGCGAUCAAAAGCGGCGAAAACUAA